AACAGCGAGCAGCGGUGAUACAUCGAUUUUGUUAACGGACGACGAUUUAACAUUAAAUAAAUCACCAACCGUUACAAGUUUAUAUGCUUGAAUAUUUUUCACUUGAAUAGAAUAGUAAUCUAAUACUUAAAAUAUUGUUGAUACUAAACUUAAAAAUCUUUAAAGUAUAGUAUUUGAAGAAUUAUCAAGAUACAUUAAAUACAUUAGUAUAUUAAUAUACAUAGAUAAAGAAAAGAAAAUAAAGUGAAAUUCAAUAUAUCAUGGAUGAUCAACAAGGUUCUCUAUCAGAUAAUACAGAAUUUCAUAUAAAUAAAGUUUUUGAAGCUAUAACUGUAGAUUUAAAAAAUAAAACUGGAUCUUUUGUUCAGUUUGGAUUAUCAAAUCAACAAAAUCAGUCUUGUGGCUGGACUGAUUAUCCUCCAUGUCACGUACAGUAUAUACAUGAUUUAUCUACACAAUCAAACAUAUCUACUAUUUCAUCUAUUACUGAAAUACCAUCACCGCUUUACACCAAGGUAUUAAAAAAUACAGAUUAUCCAGUGCAGUGUAUUUGUAUUCCAUAUCAAAAUACGAGUCAUUUGGAAAUAAAUGCAAAUAAUGAUUUAAUUUGUUUAAUAGAUAUUGGAGGUGGUAAUUUUAUAAAUAUCGUUUAUGUAAAUAAUACUCAAUUUAUAGCUGAACAAUGUCAAUCCAGUAGUUCAUCAUCUUAUAAAAAUACUUCAAAUAUUGAUCAUGACUAUGGAUUCUCCAAUAAUCAACUAAUUCAGGUACCUCUAUCUACUGGUACUUCUUUAACUCAAAAGUCUAAUAGAAAACAGUUGAUAGACAAUCUUUCACAAAACUUGGUGCCUAAUAUAUCUGGAACCUAUAUACCACUUGGUGGGUCAUCUAAUGUGACUAUAGUACAACAGUUAAUACCAGAAUUCAAACGAUUUCAAAAACUACCAAAAAACUUAUUAAAGACACAGCUAAAAACAAUUUCAGAAGUUAUACCGUUGAGACUUUCUUAUUCAGAUGUAUUAUCAAAGUCAAUUCUUACUUCUUCUUUUCUGACAAUAGCAGCAUUAAAACCAAUACAAGAGAAUUCAAUGAAGAAAGUUAUAGGUAAAAAUUUGAAAAAUAAAAGCAGAACAGUAGUUUUGAAAUAUCAAAAUUUGUCUGUUAGUGAACAUGGUUCACCAAAAUUUGAAUUACCAAAAACAUUGGUUAAAAAAGUUAAUUCCAAUUUAUUAAGACAUUGUAUCUCAUUAAAUGAUAUAAGAUCUUUAAAUAGAUCUGCAAAUGUAACUUGUGAUAUGUUUAAUAAUUUUGAGAAAAAAGAAGAUUUGAAGUUUUUGAAAAGAAAUGAUAAAGCCGAAACAUUAAAUAAUUCUAACAUUCAGAAUAAUAGUACAAAAAGAAUAAAUCGUUUACAAAGAUGUCCAAUUCAAAUAAACAAUAAUUUAUAUAUGAUAAAUAGCUUUAGUAAAACUGUUUGUAUAAACAACAAAAUAGAAACUAUUAAAUUGCAACAAAUGAAGAAUCAACAAAAUCGAAAAAAAGAUAGCAAUGCCACAACUUUUAGGGAUAUGUCUAAAACUUUUUAUAAAUAUUAUAAUCAUUGGAGUCAAAUAAUUUUCAAAAUAUUAUUUUGGCUUCUGUAUUUGAUCUGUAAUGUUUUUAUUAUAAGUGUAAAUCUUAUGGUCCAACUUAGGAAACAUUGCUUGUAUAAUUUUACUGUGUAUGUAAAAUACUUAUGGAUCUAUAUGUUGUCCAAAAUUUCACAAAUUCAUUUUCUAAAUAAUUUUACAAAAUGGAUAUAUGUCUGGUUUGGUAAUAAGUUUGCAUUUUGGAAACGUCUGAAAACAGAAAAUAAAACAGAUAGAUGUACAAAUUUAAUAGGAGGAUUAGAUACUAACAUUAUCCUGCCAACUACUGGUGAAGAAGCUAUGAAAAGAUUAUUAGCUUGUAAAGGAAAAGAUCCAUACAGUAUAUUAGGAGUUACUCCAACUUGUUCUGAUGAUGACGUUAAAAAAUAUUAUAAAAGACAAGCUUUUUUAGUUCACCCUGAUAAAAACAAUCAACCUGGUGCAGAAGAGGCUUUCAAAAUUUUGGUUCAUGCAUUUGAUAUAAUAGGAGAACCAGAGCAAAGACAGGUCUUUGAUCAAACAAGACAAGUUGAAGCUACUUGGGGCGAAUUAAAUGACUUGAUUUGUCAGUUGCAUAAAAAAAUGGAGCAAGCAGCUAAUACAAUACAUUGUACCAAUUGUGGAUUACGACAUAAACGUAUCCUAACUCAACGUCCUUGCUAUGCUGCACGUUAUUGUGUUCAGUGUCAAAUUCGACACAGUGUAAGAGAGGGUGAUAUUUGGGCAGAAUCUUGUUUUAUGGGCUUUCUUUGGUAUUACUACGCAUGUAUGGAAGGUGCUGUAUAUGAUGUGACUGAUUGGGCAGCCUGUCAAGCUCAUAGUUUGAAAUACCUUAAAGCUAAUAUACAUGCCAUUCAAUACAGAAUAGUUUUAGGUCAGCGACCAAUUUUCGACAGCAUUAAUUCUAAUAAUAUUAAAAAAAAGUCAACUAACUCAAAUACAAGAUAUCAAGCAGAUUUAGAAGAUUUUCUACAUAACUUUUAUAACCAUAACAAUGGCCGAUCAAGCUGUACAAUGAGUUCGAAUUUAAUGAAAGGAGACAAUCGACGACGCAAAACCAAGCGAAAGAAGUAAAACGCGUGAAAUAUAUUUUUUCUGUAUAGUUAUUUAUACUUAUUAAAGUGCUUAAUGAUUAGUUGAAUAUAUUUUUUGAAUAAUUGUUGGUUACAACAAAAAUUAAAUUUAUUAAACUUUUUUAGAAUCUUUAUUCAUAGUAUCAUUUGAUUUAAAAAUAUUCGAAUAUUUUAAAAUUCACAGAAAUAUUAUGGCGUAGAAGCAUAAAGAUUAUAAUUUUCAUACAUAUGUAACAUAUUGAUGUCACUUGUCGUAUUGCCUAAGGUGUGUUCGUAUGAGUAUGGAUCAAAUUUGAAUUAUUAAAAAUAAACAAAUAUCCUAAA